UCGAGCAGUGGGCCUAACUUGGGGGGGGUAGUCUUCAUCCGGUCUUUAAAUUGUACAGUAAUGCGCCUGGAAGGACUCUGGACAAAGUGUGAGAAACGGGCAUGUUGCUGAUAGGCGUGGUUUCAAGUUGGAUUGCGGAGUCUCCGCCUUUUCCCGUCCCCUAUUUGCCGCUUGGCGCCAAAUUGCAAAGCGGAUGUUCUAGUUGAGGAGCAGAAGCUUGGCGCCAGGACGUCCCCCCCCCCCGCGCCGCAGACUACAGAGAGAUGAAUAGUGCGGGUCAGUCGCAGACGAGCUGCUUCAAUGGGUAUGGCUGUGAAACGCCCUGUAAAAAACGUGAUGACUAUUUGGAAUGGCCUGAAUAUUUCAUGGCUGUAGCUUUCUUGUCGGCACAGAGGAGCAAAGAUCCAAAUUCUCAGGUUGGUGCAUGUAUUGUGAAUUCAGAAAACAAGAUUGUUGGGAUUGGAUACAACGGCAUGCCUAACGGAUGCAGUGAUGACUUGCUACCUUGGACAAGAAUAGCAGAUAGUAAACUUGACACAAAAUAUCCGUAUGUGUGUCAUGCUGAACUGAAUGCCAUAAUGAACAAGAACUCUGCUGAUGUUAAAGGCUGCAGCAUGUAUGUUGCCUUGUUUCCGUGUAAUGAAUGUGCAAAGCUCAUCAUCCAGGCAGGUAUAAAAGAAGUUAUUUAUACGUCUGACAAAUAUCAUGAUACUCUGGAGAUGACAGCUGCACGGCGCCUGUUUGAUUUAGCUGGAAUUAUAUACAGGAAAUUCAAACCAAAGUGCAGUAAGAUCAUCAUUGAUUUUGAUUCAAUUAACAGCAGAUCAAGUCAAAAGCCUCUGUGAGAUCUGGACUUGUGUAUGAACUAUCGUAUCCUGUACUUUUGUCUUCACUGUCCAAAUGAAGAGAACCAAAGUUAGAUCCAAUAACCUGUGACUAUUGGCGCUAUCAGGAAAACUGGUGGACUGAUUAUAUGAUGACAUAUAAAUGUAGGGGAUGCAUCUACUACUACUAGCAGGUAUACAUAAAGCUCAAACUAGUGAAAAUGUUGCCUGUCAAGCAAUAUGGCUAGAUAUUUAUAUAACUGUCAAAAUAUUGAGUUGUGUGAAAUCCAUACUGGUACAUUACACCUCAAUAUUUUACCAGAUUUUCAUCUCUUUAAUUGCUUCUCCUGUUGCAGUGUAGCUUGUGAGCAUGUGUUCAAUUAUAUUUGAAGAAUGUUUUGUAUUGGAUGUAGUUUUAGAGUAGCUUUAAUUCCUUUUCCCCAAGAUACCUUCCAUUUAGCAGAGGAUAAGUGAAUAAAUCAUUAGGCGUUCACCUAUGGGACCCUGUUUGGAACUGAUUUUAAUGUCUAAAAGGAAACUCAUUUAUUGGUUUAAAUCUCUGCUAGACAAUCCAGCACAUUACAAUUCUGGAACCAGCCUCUAAGGUAACUUAAUCACUACUUUUCCUCUAAGGGAAAUGAGGAGAUUCAGUCCGUGCUAAGAUUGUACAUGCCAAAUGUCAUAAUUACAGUUUUAGCUUGCUUUUAGUUGUUAAAAACUGGCUGUAUGCCAUUGGUUUCAGAAACACUUGCUAAUGCUAUCAGAAGCUUUCAGGAUCUCCCCUUCAAUCUGAUUUUUUUAAAAAUUAAAUAUGCCUAAUUGUGUGUAUUUAGAAAAUGUUUCAGAUCCCAAAACAUGUUUUUUAAAUAUUGUGAUGUUUUGCUGGGCUCUUAUUUUAUAUGUUGAAACCAUUGUCUAUUAUUAAGACAUUAUGAAAUUUGGCUUGCUACCAGUAUUAUUAAAGUCUUAUUAAA